GAGGAUUUCAUAAGAAUCGUUCGAAUAUUUGCUACUUUUAGAGUUACUUAGUUCGCUGGAAUAAACGAACGCUGUCUCUCUCGUGUCUAUUAUUUUAUUACAUCGUUCUUUGAAAUAUGUGGUCAUUAUAUUCCGUCAUACGUAAUAUAAUUAUCGUUCUUUUUUCCUACAUAAAAAUACUCUACUCGAGCUCUCACCGUUAUUGCCUUAUGAUUUCUCUUGGACAAGUACAUAUCAUAGCUUCAGAUCAUGACGAUUCUGACGAAGAAUAUGCGGCGAAUGUACAGCCACCAAAAAUUAUGUCUCUACCGAACACAUCGAGACUUGAUAAAAGUGAAAUAAGUUUAGCUACUAAGCAAGCAUGUGGCCUUAGAGAAGAUUCCAGCAACAAAAAUUUAUCUAUUGCAUCAAUGAUUCAAAAGAGAUCCCUUGGUUCUGGUUUUAGUAUAGGUGAAAAAUGUAGAAUAAGCAGCAACUUCUUACCCAACAAGUCACGUCAAGUAGCGAAAUAUAAUAGCAAAGUGUUUUGCGGUUCCUAUUCAAAAGAUGGAAGGUUCUUUCUCACUGCAAGUCAAGAUAAAUUGUUACGUCUCUACCAUACCGAUGACGGGAAAUUUGUGGAAUUUAAAAAAAUUUCUGCCCGUGACGUAGGUUGGAGUAUCAUAGACACAGCAUUCAGUCCUGAUGGAAACUAUAUUGUCUAUUCAAGUUGGUCAGAAUGUUUAUAUCUUUGUCCUGUUUAUGGAGAUUCAAAUACACAAGAGUCAUUAUCAUUGUGUCCUGGAGAACGAAGAUUUUGUAUAUUCUCUCUAGUCUUCUCUAGCGAUGGUCGAGAAAUUUUAGGUGGUGCUAAUGAUGGCUUUCUUUAUGUAUACGAUCGUGAAUGUCACCAACGUGCUUUCAAGAUUGAAGGUCAUGACGAUGAUGUAAAUACUGUUGCCUUUGCUGAUAACACGUCUCAAAUUUUGUACAGUGCAGGAGACGAUGGAUUGUGUAAGGUAUGGGAUAGGAGAACCCUUAGUGAAACAGAUCCACAUCCCGUUGGUGUUUUAGCUGGUCAUAUGGAUGGUAUAACUUAUAUUGAUCCACGUGGAGAUGGCAGAUAUUUGGUUACAAACAGUAAAGACCAAACGAUCAAGUUAUGGGAUGUUCGAGCCUUUUCUGAUCAGAAUGGCGAACAAAAUACUCGUAAGGCAGUUGCGAAUCAAAAUUGGGAUUACAGAUGGCAAAGAGUACCCAGGAAAUUAUUUAAAGCUAGAACCAUGUUAGAAGGUGAUACAAGUAUCAUGACGUAUCGUGGUCAUUCCGUCCUUCAAACCUUGAUACGCUGCCACUUUUCUCCUUCCGCAACAACAGGUCAAAGAUACAUUUAUACGGGAUGUGCUUCAGGCAGAGUUAUAAUUUACGACGUUUUAACGGGACAAAUAGUUAACACAUUAUUGGGUCACAAAAAAUGCGUGCGUGAUGUAAGCUGGCAUCCAUUUCAUCAGGAAAUAGUUUCAACUUCGUGGGAUGGUGCGAUAAUUAGUUGGCGAUAUUCUGGUCAAACUGGAUUCUAUCAUUUUGAAUCGGAAGACGAAAAUGAUACGGAAACAGCACCACGUACACUUCGACGAAGUCAACGUAUCGCUGCACAAAGAGCAAAACAUGCGACUACUUGUUGAAAAGGACCGUGAGAGUAAAUAUUUCUUGGGGUUGAUACAGCCUUUUGUUCGAAGUUAGUGUUACUGGCGUUAACGAAAUUGCCAUAUCCAUGGCCGAGACUGUUCUUUAAUCUACGAGAGUAAAUUUUAUACAAGACUGAACGAAAGAUAUUUGUGUUUGUGAUCAGCGUUGUGAAAAUGUUCUUAUGAUUUUUACGGGAUAUUAUUCUCUAUUUCGAGAAGUCGUCCUUAUCUCGCUAAAAUGAGCUUCCGUUUCUAUGCCGCUUAUAUAAAGAUUUUCUAUCCCGAAGAGUAAAAUUAUACGUUGCACCAUAACAAAAAAAGAAAUAUCAUAGUAAUAUUAUAUAUGAAAUACUGCUAACACAAUAAGAGCAGGACAUCGUUUAUAGUUACAGCUCCUUGACUGUUCGUAGUUUCGGAGUUCAUUUUUAUCAAUUUCAAAUUUAAUACUUAAUCCGAUGAACCUUCUCAAAACAUGUUAAUUUUUCCAUAACUACAUAUUUCAGUAAACUAUUACGUUAAGAACAAAAUAUAAAAAAAAAAGAAAAUAAUGGAAUUAAGUAUUUCCAGGAGCGUUGAUAAAACCAACCGUUAAUGAUGUAACACGCAUUCAUUUUCAUAAGUCUGAUUACAUACAAAACGUGACAUAAUGCGCGAUCUACUUUGCAAUGUAACUUACUGAAUACUAUUAUGACAAUGUCUUUAAUUAUAUUGUUAAUAGCUUUGUCCGAUUUAAUUUUCUAAUGUUUCAUAAGAUUUAUGUCUCUUUUAUAUCUUUAUUUUGGUCGUUCAAGAUAUUAACAUAUUUAUAUAAUCUAAUCCGUUCUCAUUUCGAUCGCAUUUUAUCUAUCACGUACACGUAUAUACAGACUAACGUGUUCGAUUAAAAGUAAUGAAUGCAUAUAUAAAAAAAAGUAUGUAUUCUCGACUGAAUUCUCACGUGGUUUUCUAAUUUUUACUGAGAAACAGUUGUGAUAAUGACGAUCUAGCUUUAAACGAUGAAAAUUACCGUAGAUAUUAUUACAACGCAUUAGAUACUAUAAGACAUCAACAGAUGAUUUAUUUCUAGAUUUUAUGAAUCUAAGGCAAGGUAAUAUGUAAACGUGGUCCUUUCUUUUUUAAUUUCAACUUUUUCAACUCAUGAACAGUAUAAUCUUCUUCAUAUUAUUUCGUGAACGAUGUAUAAAUUUUUAUUUCCUAGGAGAUCUAAUAAGUUGUUAGAAAUGACAUUAAAUGCAUAUAGUUAUUUUGCUUGGUAAAGAAAAGGCAUUCGUGAGAAUCUAUAAUAUUUAUUAGGAUUAAUAAUCCGUAUAUAUAAUAUAGAAUGUGACGGAAAAGAAAUUUAUUUCUAUAUUAUUUUGUAUUUAAAUAUGGCUUCUCUUUUUUUAUUUUUCUUCUUUCUUUUCGUUCUUCAUUAUAAUUUAAACAAUGAUCUUUAAUAACGAUCCAAAAUGAAUAAUCGUAAGUUUCAAAUCAAUCGAACAGAUUAUGGUAGAUAGAAUAAAAAUUUUAUCUUCGCACAGAGAUAUGUCCGUGUGUGUCUUUCUUACCUAUGUUCUUUUUCACUUUACCAAGAUUCAGAGGGUAUCAUUUUAGGACAUUUAUAAUAUCCUUCUCUUGUGAUGCGUGUAAAUGAUGCAUAAAUAUGGUGCAACAUCUAAACAGUGUACAUAUGUAGACUAUAAAGUGUAUGAAUAAAAAUAUGAACAAGAA